GAGGAGGGACGGGCGGGGAGAGGGCCCGGCCGAGGGGCGGCGGGCACCGAGGGAGCUCUGCGCGGCUGCAGCGCGGGCGGGAGCGGGGACUCGAUGUCGCCGCCGCCGCCGCCGCCGCCUCCUUGAGGGCCGGGGCUGCGCCUCCGGGGCUGAGCUGCCGCCAGAGCCGACAGCCCAGCAGCCGCCGGGCGCUCCCGCGGCGCAGGAGGAUGGGCUGCGGCGGGAGCCGGGCGGAUGCCAUCGAGCCCCGCUACUACGAGAGCUGGACCCGGGAGACAGAAUCCACCUGGCUCACCUACACCGACUCGGACGCGUCGCCCAGCGCCGCCGCCCCAGACAGCGGCCCCGAAGCGGGCGGCCUGCACUCGGGCGUGCUGGAAGAUGGACUGCCCUCCAAUGGUGUGCCCCGAUCUACAGUCCCAGGUGGAAUAUCCAACCCAGAGAAGAAGACGAACUGUGAGACCCAGUGCCCAAAUCCCCAGAGCCUCAGCUCAGGCCCUCUGACCCAGAAACAGAAUGGCCUUCAGACCACAGAGGUAGGGUUGCAGCCACAGAAGCAAUUGGGGACUGGAGAAUGGGGGCAGGGCUUGCUUCAGGGCGGAGCCAUCCAGCAGCUAUGUCCAGGGAGGGACCAGGGAUGGCUCAUCUUGGAAAUAAAAAGUCUCUACCCCACCCAUGUAAAAAUUGCUGCAAACCCCACCCCAAAACCCUGCCUUGAGGGUUGCUGCUUUUUGUUUCCAUGUGUAUGUUUGCUUAAGUAGAGCUUUAUUCAAGUAUCUUGUUUUCUGUGGCCACUGUCACCAUGUUGAUGGUGAGGACUGUGCUGGUUAGAGGAACCAGUCUUAGGCCAGGCAGCUGGCCAGUCUCAGGGGAUGGCAGAGAGUCUCAGGGAGUGGGCAAAGGAAGGAAAGAGAAGAUCAGAGUGGUUGGAAACAAGCCUCGCAUUUUACUCAGGCCCUCCAACCAGGUGGGCAGUGGAAGGGCCCCCAAGGGUGGCUCCCAUAGCAGAAUGUGGUGACAGCAUCAUCCCCAGACUCUUGGAAGAGGCAGGGCAGUGAUGUCCCUGGACGUGGCAGGCAUCCUUUCUUUUCUCCCAGAGCUAUUGUUGGGAAGCUCCUCUUAUGGGUACAGGAGGGGCAGCCCAGAAUGAGCGCUCUUAGUAGGCUGGGCUCAGGCAUCUGCAGUCUCUUCCUCUUCCACCCAGUUCCUCCUUCUGACUUCCUUAUCUUCCCUAUGCCCCACCCCCUUCAAAAUCCACUGCUUACCCUAGGCUCCAUACCCAUUUUCUCCUAUCUCUUCUGUCAAAAUUAUACUGAACCAGGUUCAUUCUGUCUGUGCACAGCAAACCAAUCACUGUGACAAUGGGUUUUGCAAAAGAGAAAGUUUAUUCAUGAGGCAGCCAAGUGAGGAGGCAGAAGAACAGAUCCCAAAUCUGCCUCCACAAAGAUAGGGUUUAGGGCUAUCUAUGAGAUAAAGAAGCCGGGUAAUCUAAGGCAUGGGGAAAGAUGAUUGGCAGUGGGGGAAAGUGAAAUAAUCAGUGGUCUGUGCUUGCAUAGUCAUGGUUCAUGGCUCUUCACAGGACUCAUGUUCAGAAAAUGGCUGUGUUUGCAUGAUCUUCAGGAAGAGUUUUGGCCUUCUGACUUCAAAAGGUCACCUCUCGGGCAUUUCUACAAACCCAGUUGAAGGGUCAGUGAUCUCAACUGGCUUUAACUGGACAAGAGCUAAGCCCAAGUUCCUGAAAAACAACUUUAAGCAACUGUUACAGUGGUGAUCUAUAUGUCAGAUAUGUAGUCUGUAACAAAGCUAGUGGAUUGGUUAGCUAUGGGACUUUUAGCUAUAUGGGUUUUAAGAUUAACUAGAAGUAAGUGAUUAAAAGAAAGCAAUGCAGGCUAAGUUUGAUAGGCUUAAUCAGGUUAGCCCCCAGUUCCAAAAACUUACUGGUCCUGUCCCCUCCGACCAAUGCCACCUGUUUUCUGAGAGUACAACUCAUUAUCUAAUGAUGGAAUUCUUGCUCAUAUCAGUGAGUUGCCUCUCUAAGUUUUGGUCAGAAAACCUGUUGCAAAUUCAUCUCUAAAGCUCAUUAACUAAGGACCUUUCAGAAAUGACUUAAUCUCUCAGAAUCUCAGGUUCAUUAUCCACACAAUGGAAAUAAUACCAAAAUGAGUGAACAGAUGGGCCUGCUCUUAUAAACUAGGAUAUAGGUAAGAACGGCAGUAAGGAUUAACAGGGGAUAGUUAGGCACACAGCACCAUAAUCCACUUAAAUGAAACACUAAUGGUGGCCCUGCAGACACUGGAGAAGGUAAUGGGGGGUGUAGACUUCAGGGUUGUGGUGUCCUUCCUAGAGUUCUGUAUUGUCUACUUUGCCUGUGCAUAAGGUGGCCUUCUAGAGACCUAAUCAUCAUUGCCAUCUCUCAAGACAGUCUGGACCCACAGAACUACGUUCAGAAGCUUGGUGACUGCUCUACCACAGGCCCAGAUAUUUGUCUUCUAGUCUCCUUCCCACACUUGUGCCCUUACCCUCUGAGCCAGGAUGAGCCAUGGUCAAGAGGAAGCAGCUUUGCCUGGUGGAUGGCAUGAUCCAUACACUUGUUUCCCCACCUCAUUUCCUGCCCCCCUCAUCCAUCACUUUAAAAUUAUGUUUUGCAGUUUACUGGCUGCAGUAUACUGGCUCCUUAAGUUCCCCUAAGAGCAUUGUGAAGUAAGCAUUAUCCUCAUUUUAUAGACAAGGAAACUGAGGUUCAUUUGAUUGAGUUACAUGAAUAAGGCCAUAUAAGUGUUGUAGAAGGAUGUUGGUAACUUUAAAUUGGAAAAGGUUUCUCUUAAGAAGAUAGAACAUAAGAGCUUCAAGUACAUUUUAAAAAUGAAUAGUGUAUUAGUCAGUUGUUGCCUCAAUAAUGCUGCAUAACAAAACACAGCAACAUUCAGUUGCUUGAGACAACACCUCCCCCCACCCCCACCACCACCACCAUGGUCAGCUGUAACUUAAAUAGGCUCAGUCUGACUUUUCCAGGGCUGGCUCAGUCUGUUCCAUAUAUAUUAUUCUGGAAAUCAGGCCAAGAAAGCAGUAGCUUUCUGGGGUAUAUUCUUAUGACUAUGGCAGAAACCCAAGGGGGCAAAACCAAACUACUUGAACACAUUUCGUGUCUCUGCUCACAUCAUACUGACUAAUAUCCCAUUGGCCAAAGCAAGUCAAAUGGACAAGCCCAACUUUAAGCAGGGAAACAUACUCUGUCCAAAGUGGAGAGAGAGCAAAGAAUUAGGAGCAAUAAUGCAGGCUACCACAUACCACAUACAUACACAAAGAAA